CUCUACAGAUCCAUUGGCCUGGCAGGCAGCCUUGGCUAUGGUGCCCGAGGACAGUCCGUUGGUACAGCUCUAGAAACUCUGCUCGUCGACGGGCUUUCGUUUCUUCGUCGUUCUCCUCGCCCCUGUCCUCCGAAUUGCGCUGAGGACGGACCGAUAUGACAUCCGCAACAGCAGCAGCGGGCUGCGCAGCCAUGGCAAUGGCUGCAUCUCCAUGCUCCAAGCCUGCAAUGGCGUUUUCCAGCACGCGGGCGAUUCCUUCCGUCUCAGGACUUGGAACUGGCAGUCUAAUUUUGAAUCAACAUAGGAGGGCGUCUCAUGAACAAUUCAAGUACCUUGUGACCCGUACUACCUUCAAUCGAAGAAGUUCACAGCUGCCGAGAUUAUGUGUCAAAGCUAUGGAUGCUUCCGUUGCUGGCGGAGACAUGAGUGAGGAAUAUGGUCCCCCUCAGGAAUUUCCAAGAAUUAACGUCAGGGAUCCCUUUAAGAGGCUGGGAGUAAGUCGCGAUGCAUCAGAAGAAGAAAUUCGGGAGGCUAGGAAUUAUCUGACAAGUCAGUAUGGAGGGCAUGAGAAAAGCAGGGAGUCGAUUGAAGCUGCUUAUGAUAAAAUUAUCAUGGACAGUUUCCGGGACAGGAGGAAGACCAAAAUUAACCUCAAAACUAGCCUGAAGAAGAAACUGGCGGAAUCACCUCCAUGGGUCAGGGCAUUUACAAACAGGGUGGAGGUCCCAGCGUCACAGGUUAUCCUGCAAAGAUUUGCUUUGUUUUUCCUACUCGGAGUAUGGAGUGUCAUGAACCCUGCUGACGGAGGUCCUGCUUUCCAAGUCGCGGUAUCUCUUGCUGCUUGCAUUUACUUCCUCAAUGACAGAUUGAAGAGUCUUGGGAGGGCUUUUCUGAUUGGGUUUGGUGCGUUGAUAAUUGGAUGGAUCAGUGGUUCCUUCCUCGUACCCGUGGUAUCGAGUUAUAUCCUACCCACGUCUUGGAGUCUGGAGCUCAGUACCGCACUGUUUUCCUACGUCUUCUUGUGGGUAGCCUGCACAUUUUUGAAAUAGAUUUAAGUGGAUUAGCCACGAGAAACAGCCUAUAUAGAGCCCAAUUUUUUUCCGGCACCUCCAGUAGUUUCCUAAGUGAUUCAAGUUUGGUCCCAGGGAGUGUUAUGGUUUUGUGAUACAUAUAAAGAUAAGAGUGCCCAAAUUGUGGAAAGCUUUUGUCACCACCUCAUGGCGGUCGUUUGAAAAAUGUCAAAUUAUUUAAACUAUUUGC